AUGGGCCAAGGGAAGGCAAAGUUCCUUAUAUUACCAUUUUUGGUAAUAUUAAACUUAAGAUCAGCAUUUUCUGCACCAGGAGAUGUUAGUUUUAUUGUAUCGACAACUGAACAACCAAAAGAUGGCCAGGAGGGAGAGACCACAGAAAUUGAAGAUGCUAACCUAGUGCCUGUAAUUUAUGAAAUGGAUGUACAUUCCAAUGUGACGAAUCGUUACGCUAAGACUGUGAUAACAAAUAGGGUAAAGAACCCAGCUAAGUCAGCCAAGCAAACAACCUUCUCUGUCGUUCUACCCGAAAAAGCAUUCAUUUCAGAAUUCGUGAUGGAAAUUGGCUGGAACAAGUACCAAGCUUACGUCAGGGAAAAAGAGGAGGCUAAGAAAAUAUAUACUAAGGCUGUAGAAAGUGGCCAAAGCGCAGCUCAUGUAGCGAUAAGUACCAAAGAUUCCAACACUUUUACAGUUUCAGUUAACGUUGGAGCUGAAGAAAAGGCAACAUUCUAUUUGACCUAUGAAGAACUUUUGGAAAGAAACAAUAACCAAUACGAUUUAGUUCUCAACAUUCGUCCCGGACAAGUAGUUGACCAUCUUAAUGUUCAAGUAUACAUCAACGAAUCCAGGCCUUUGGUCUUUGUGAAAACUCCAUCUCUACGGUCUGGCAACGAAAUCGCUAAAAACAGCGAUAAACUUGACCCUGCCUCUUUUAUAGAAAUCAUUAACUCUACCAGUGCUCUAGUUAAGUUCCAACCAGACGUUGUUAAACAACAGGAAUACGCUAAAGAGUUAGGAGGAAUAGAGUCCAAUGGUCUUGCAGCACAAUUUAUAGUUCAGUACGAAGUUGAAAGAGAUCCACAAGGUGGAGAGGUUUUGUUGCAAGAUGGGUACUUCGUACACUUCUUCGUACCAAAGGACGCAGAAGUCAUCCCCAAGCAUGUAUACUUCAUCUUAGACACAAGUUCCAGUAUGUACGGUACCAAACUCCAGCAACUCAAAGAUGCCAUGACCAGUAUUUUGGAGGAGAUCAAACCCGAAGACUCACUCAGUAUUGUCGAAUUCAACAGCGAAAUUUACGUUUGGGACAUAGAAAAUGAGAAAUCAAUUCUUGCUCAGUGGGAUAACUACAGGGAACCGUUUGAACAAUUAGGUAAACUUAACUUACCAGGACCAGUGUCAGCAACAAAGGAAGCAAUUGAGAAGGCUAAGAAACUUGUCGAAAACAUGCAAGCUGGAGGUGGCACUCACAUGAUUGGUGCAUUGGACGCUGGCCUGUAUCUUGUAAAAUCCGAAAUAGAAAGAACUAAAGAUAGCAAUGACCAUAGACAACCUCUUGUAAUAUUCCUAACCGAUGGACAGCCCAACAUAGGCUUACAUUCUACAGUUGAAAUUAUUGAUGUGGUUACCAAGUUAAACCAAGACAAUAUCAAAGCUCCACUUUAUACUCUGGCUUUUGGGGAUCUUGCCGAUGAAGAUUUCUUAAGAAAACUUUCUUUGAAGAACAAAGCAUUCUCAAGACAGAUUUACGAAACUGCAGAUGCCGCUAUCCAACUACAACAAUUCUACAGACAAAUAUCUUCCCCACUUUUAUCAGAUGUUCACUUCAAAUACAACGACGAUGCUAGUGAAGUAACUAACACAGGUUUUCCUAUUUUGUACGCUGGUGGAGAAAUUGUAGUUACUGGACGAUUCGUAGGUAAUCAAUUUGAUCCAACAAUAAGAGCCGUAGGUAAACAAGGACCUUUAACAUACAGACCAAGGGUUCACAAGCCAGUAAACUCUUUGGAACGUCUCUGGGCAUACUUGACUGUUAGAGAAACUUUACAGAAAAUGAAAAUUGCCAAAGAUAAAACUAAAACAGAACUUACCAAGAAAGCUUUGAAGCUUGCUCUUCAAUAUUCCUUUGUGACUGAGGUAACAUCAUUGGUUGUAGUCAAGCCCAACUCUACACAUCCCAUAUAUCCAGAUGACGGAUAUCCAAUUCCAAGGCCAGCUUAUCCAUAUGCGCCUGCUGAAGCUUCAGGAUACGGAGGCGGUGGAUUUGCCGGCGGUCUAAGGAGUGAGGUAGCACAAGAUAGUGACUUGAUAGUCAACAGGCCCGCACCCCGGAUUGUACAUAAAAAAGUACGAAAGCCAAAAGUACAAGCAACAACAGUUAAGCCACUCCCUAAAAACACAACAGUAGAAGAUUCGUUAAAGUGGUUGUCGGCUGCCCUAAGUGAAAAGAAAACUCUAUCCCUACCAUCAGGUGAAUUAAAACUUGGUGAAGAUUCAUUAAACAUUACUCCCAGUGAAGCUUGCCCUAAAACACCCGAAGGCAAAGAAGGUGUUUGCUCUCUCAUUAAAGAUUGUCCUCAAGUAUACCCACAACUGACUGAUUUCGAAGUAUACAAGACGUUCUCAUGUGCCCUGCAAAACGAAUAUGCUGGUGUCUGUUGCCCAAAGAAAGCUGAAGUUGCUGCUUAAGAUUUUUGUUAUUUGGUAAUUAGAGCUAGAGGUUGUUAAAGUUAUAUUUUUGUAAGUCCAAUGAAAUUUUUUAAACAAUUAAAUGAUUUUUUUUUUAGA